UCCCUCGGCGGAAGUAAACCCUGCAGGAAGCGCACGCAGUUCGCUAAAUGAGAAAGAAAAAGGAUUAAUUCGUUUCGGCAACUUUAAAAUCAAACAAUUUCACCUUCGGUUGUUGUUUUUUUCUAUAAAUGAGCAAACAUGGCGAUCACUUUGGAUUUCCGGACCCACGCGGAUCAGUCCUGCAGAUAUGCUGAAGAGUUUGUUAACAUUUAUUAUGACUGUGUGGACAAGAAAAGGAGGAACCUGACCCGCCUCUACCUGGACAAAGCCACCUUGGUGUGGAACGGGAAUGCCGUUUCAGGACAGGACGCCCUGGGCGAGUUCUUUGAGUCUCUGCCAUCCAGCGAGUUCCAGGUUCUGACUCUGGAUUGUCAGCCGGUUCACGAACAAGCCACGCAGGGCCAGACCACGCUGCUGGUGGUGACGUGUGGGAUGGUGAAGUUUGAAGGGAACAAACAGCGUUUCUUCAACCAGAACUUUCUCCUCACAGCCCAGGCUUCACCAAACAGCGAUCAGCCCGUCUGGAAGAUCGCCAGCGACUGUUUCCGAUUUCAAGACUGGAACAACUGAGCUGAGUUUUACCUCAGGCUGUUGCUUUGAAAACCGCAAAACCAGCAUCAGUUACAUUUUAGCAGGUUUUUGUGUUUUUAUCUGUAAAAUUUAGAAAAUGUCGAAAUAAAUGUGGAUCAUUUUUGUUCAACUGUUGAUAGAAAACAACAAAGAAGCAACUUUUGAUCGUUUUGAAGCAUAAAUCAGAAUGAGGGGAAAAGCUUUUCUUUGUGUGGAUUAGUCAUUUCCUGGGUCUGCAUAUUAUUAUUUAACUGCUUCCACAGUUCGACUAGUUUUCUUCCAAACAAUAUUAUGACCAGUUUAAAACUUUAUUGUUAUCAGGGGACAAAAAAAACAACAUUUAAAUGGUGAAUUUUAUACAUUUUUUAAGUUGUUAUUUGGGCCAUUGCUGCAGCUCAACGCAGGACUUUCCUGCUCGCUUGGUUUUAACUGCUCUUAUCUCCUUCGGUUUAACUUUGUGGGAUGUUUUUCGCUGAACUUUGAAAAUAAAAACUGUUUCCAGGAAAACCCAAACAUCAUCUCCCUUAAUUGAUUAGACUGAAAAUGAAGAACAAACUCAGGACUGUCAGCAAAGCAAACCAUGAAGCUGCUCGUUCUCCUUCGCCUGGAAAAAGACGAUAAGAAGGUUUUAAUGUCAUUAUUUAAGGUUUUGUUUGUAUCCUUUCAAACUUUGCUUUUUGUCUCUUAUUAUUAUUGAUUUCUAAAUGCAAAGUUAAAGGGACGAUAAAAUGUUAUGUGAUUAAAAGUGAGAAAGUAAUAUUUUCUCUCAGAAUUAGAAGAGUUGUUUUCCACAGAAUAUAUCCUGAAAAUCAGAAUAAAGGAAUA